AUGGCUUACGUUCUCGUCACUCUCUGUUGCGUUUUUGUAUCACUGGGCUCGUUUUUAUUUGGCUAUGACUCUGGAGUCAUUUCAUAUAUCAUCGAACAAGACACUUUCCUGGAGAAAUUUGGAUCUCCUGAUCUAUCAGAUGCGGCUAGUGGUGGUAUAAUCGCAUCAUACACAGGCAGUGCCAUUCUGGGGGCCUUGCUGGCAUCAUACAUUUCCGAUUCUGCAGGUCGGAGAAUAGCAAUUUUCAUUGGAGGACUGCUGGCAGUUCUUGGUGCUGCCCUUCAAGGAGGGGCCGUUACUAUUUCGAUGCUCAUCGCCGGACGAUUCAUCGCUGGUCUUGCAAUUGGUCUGAUGUCGGCAACAGUUCCUGUAUAUUGCAGCGAAAUUGCACCAGCGAGUAUUCGCGGCUUGCUGGCAAGCAUGCAACAAUGGAUGAUUUGCCUGGGUAUCAUAAUUGCUCAAUGGGUCGGUUAUGGAUGCUCGCGAUACUCUGAUGACUUCGUCUGGAGAUUUCCGCUUUCCCUCCAGACAGCACCCGCUAUUAUUCUUACAUGCGGUGUCUUGUUUCUCCCUGAGUCACCCCGUUGGCUUCUCCAACACGGAAAGGAUGGAGCCGCGCGCUCGGCGCUCACACGCCUGCAUUUGAAUCGAAGCGGAACAAAUAGUCAGCUUGUCGAGUAUGAACUCGCCCAUAUUUGCGAGGGUGUCGCCCCCGAGGACCAUGCGGUUGUUUCCUGGAGCCAGUUUUUAAAAUCCAAGCGAUGGCGCUACCGACUCCUGCUCGCCUGUGGCCUGCAGCUUUUCACGCAAUGCUCUGGAGCAAACGUGAUUCAGAACUAUGGGCCUCAGCUUUAUAAGUCCCUUGGUCUCUCCACCUCGAGUUCACUUAUGCUCAUCGGCAUCUUGGGUGCGCUGGCGCAACUUUGGAACACCUUAUUCAUGCUUUUCAUUGACAAAGUCGGACGGCGAAAGCUGCUUAUACCAUCUCUGCUAGGUAUGGGUGCUUCCCUGUGUGUUGAGGCCGCUCUCGCACACUAUGUCGAUUUCAACAAUUUUAACGCCAAUCCGAAUGCACUUCGCAGUGCGAUUGCAAUUUUCUUUGUGUUUUCUCUUUUCUUCACUGGGCUUGGACUCAUUUCCUGGGUCUACCAAACUGAGAUCUUCCCUACAGCUCUUCGAGCCCGAGGAUCAUCGGCUGCGACUGCAACCAGUUGGAGUAUGAAUCUCCUCUUCACGCAAUCGUCACCUGUCGCAUUUAGGAAUAUUGGAUCCAAAUACCUCUACUGCUUUGCCGCGUUCAACUGGGCUGCUGUAUUCAUUGUUUGGCUCUGGUACCCGGAGACUGUGCGCCGGACCCUUGAGGGAGUUGAAGAAGUCUUUACAAUCCAAUCCACUGUUCCACAGCCGGAGAUUAUAAUUGCAUCAUCUUCUCCAGGGAAUUUGCGACCUCACUCCCAAAUGAAGCACAAAGGAAUGGAUCCAUUGUCGAUGCAUCCAGCGAAUGGUAGUUGGAGUAGCCGAAGCACCACAUCGCCUCGAUUAUGGUGUAAGAAGUCAGGUGAAGUAUAA